AUGGCGGACGGCAAGAGAGCAGUCGAGUCUGACAAGGUCUGGACCACCUUGAUCACCAACACGGCCUACCUCUCCGGCCUGCUCACCCUCGACUACUCGCUCAAGCAGCAAAAGUCAAAGUACCCGCUCGUCGCCCUCUACACGGACACGUUCCCGGAGGCCGGGCUCGCCGCCCUCAAGGCCCGCGGCGUGCCCGCCCAGCGCAUCGAGUACCUGCUGCCGACGCAGGGCAAGGACUACAGCAACGACCCGCGCUUCUACGACUGCUGGAGCAAGCUGACGCCCUUCAGCCUGGCCCAGUACCGCCGCGUCGUCCAGCUCGACUCGGACAUGCUGGUGCUGCGCGGCAUGGACGAGCUGAUGGACCUCGAGCUCGACAGCCCGGCCGACGUCGUCGCCGGCGCCGGCACCCGCGUCUUCGCCGCCGGCCACGCCUGCGUCUGCAACCCGCUCAAGAAGCCGCACUACCCGGCCGACUGGGUGCCGCAGAACUGCGCCUUCACGCACCAGCACGGCGCCCCGGACGCCGCCCAGACCGAGGGCGCCGACCCGGCCGUCGGCCCGCUGGGCUUCAUGAACGGCGGCCUGCAGGUCGUCAACCCGGACAAGGCCGUCUUCGCCCAGAUCGUCGACUACAUGGAGACGCACGCCCUCAACAUGGAUUUUGCCGACCAGAGCGUGCUGUCGGACCUGUACCGCGGCCGCUGGGUGCCCCUGCCCUACACCUACAACGCCCUCAAGACGCUGCGCUGGCCCGGCGUCCACGACGCCAUCUGGCGCGACGAGAGCGUCAAGAAUGUGCACUACAUCCUGGCGCCCAAGCCCUGGGACGAGAUGGAUGGCCAGGGCAACUUCACCGGCAAGGACGAGACGCACUCGUGGUGGGUCAAGGUGAACAAUGAGAGACUGGCCUGGGAGAAGGAGAAUGAGAUUCCCAAGGAUGGCUUCUAG